AUUUCCCAUCUUAACAAUGUGUCCCGGGUUGAAAUAACGGUACAGUGCUGCAAUAGUGAUAAAGGACAGUGAACUGCAGGCUGACUGGAUCGAGUCGCAAUGCUUGCUCUUAUCUGUGCGUAAGAGGAGCUCAGUGCUGUGCUGAUAACGCAGGUUUAGUAUAAAAAACAAGAGUGUCAGGCCGUGAUAAAAAGAACCGGUUACUGUGUGCCGAACAACACCAGUGCAGUUUGCACACUUAAAAAACACCUACAACUGAGCACCUGUUGACUGCACUUCACAUAAUGAACAUGCAUAGUUGAUAAAAGUGUUUUAGACCCAUUAAACAUCAUAUUAUUUCCUACUCGAGCCUAAAAGUCAGGCUGCAUGUAAGGAUGAAUGUUAAAAGACUGAGUGCCUCAAACAGUCAUGAAUGUCUUCACUCAGGCUCCUCCCAGUAAACAACUCUUUUUGGCGCUCCACCUCCAAAUAGUAAAAGAGUAAACACACUGUGAAUCAGCUUAUCGGAUGAGAUGCACGUAACUGUCCAUGGUGUCCGCUAAAAAUUGUUUUGGUCGAAAAAACCACCUGGAAAGGAGGAUAGACCUUUUGGGACUGUUACGCAGAACAGUGAUGCAUUUGUAAUGUAAAUGGAUGGCAAAAAUGAGGAGUGACAGAUUGAAAAUAGUUUUUGUGUUGUGUCUUGCUUUCGUCUCUAUAGGUGGACAACAUUUUGAAAGUAAAGUGGCCCAGUUACUGCGAGACGAAUCAGAAGAUAUUAAAUGUUUUGUGGAGGUGAAGGAUCUCACUUGCUUUUGGGAAGAGGAGAGGAAUAGUUUACCUGAUCAGUAUACCUUCACAUAUUCAUACGAGAAUAAGAACAAGGAUUGUGUGGUUUCAUCUCUGUCUUUACUGGCCAGUAACAAAACCGUCUUCUUCUGCAAACUGCCCAAAACCCCUUUCUUCACGACGCUUGAUGUGCAAGUUUCUCGUGAUCGCCGGAUGCUCUACAGUCGUAGCCUUAACGCUGAGAAUUUCAUGUUUCUAGAUCCUCCCAGAAACCUCACGGUCUUGAGUUCUGGGAAGGAAGGGCAGUUGAACGUGAGCUGGCUGCCUCCUCUACUCAAGUACAUGGAUGACAGUAUGAUAUAUGAGGUCAGAUAUGCAGAGGAGGGAAGUAACAUGGGCAAGGUGGAGGUCAUAAAGGUCAGCACGAUGCUGGUUUUGCUGGGCUUACAGUCGGACACCAGAUACAAGGUGUGGGUCCGUGUCAAACCUGAUGGUGUUGCCUACAAAGGCUACUGGAGUGCUUGGACCGAGCCUGUGCUUGGAGUCACACAGCCCAGCGAGCUGGAUCCACUGAUCAUGCUACUGGUGCUUUUCAUCGGACUGAUCCUCUGCCUGCUGUCUAUGACUGUGAUUCUGUCCCACCAAAAAUUUCUUCUUAAGAAACUCUGGCCUGACAUCCCGACACCAGAGCGAAAGUUUCCAGGUCUUUUUACCGUCUACAAAGGGGAUUUUAAGGAGUGGAUGAGCCAGAAUAAUAGCAGCAUGUGGGGCAGAUCAGUCCAUGUGUUCACAGAGGAACUUCCUUCACCGCUGGAGGUCUUGUCCGAGGUUUCCCUGUCCAGCCACGGGACGUCUCAGAGAGAGGAGAGGAAACCUGUGGAGGAGGACGAGGAGAAGGAGAGCGAGCGUUCGGACUCGGGGUUACCGGACAGAUGGCGGGAACCUCCUCAAGCUCACUGGCUCAUGGAGCAACUGAGGACGCUUCAAGAAAACCCCCAACCUCUGUCCCAGUCACUGUUACCGCAGUCACAUGACACCUACGUCACUCUCAAUCAAAACUCCCAAGGAGACGGCGUGCGAGAGGUGGACGAUGUCUUUGAGGAGACGUUACCGCUGCAGACACUCUUCGCCACCGCAGGAACGCCGUCCUUGAACACCUCACACUCAGACCUCGGCUCCCUCCAGCAGAGCUCGGGUUCGGGCAGACUGUCGUCACAAUCCAGCUUUGAGUAUCCCAACAACACGUGGCCCCCCAAAGGGCCGGGAUACACCUACAUGGCGGUCGCAGACUCGGGGGUCUCCAUGGACUACAGCCCCAUGAGCUCCAGCAGGAUCGUGGAGCUCGGGAGACACAGGAUGUACACAAAUGAUUACAAAAACGAGAUUUUUCUCCAUAAGUGGCCGCUCUCCGGUGAACACACUAAAUCCGGAUCAGACUUCUGCAUGGGUCCCGUUUGGUAAACCCGCCAUACUUGGGGAUAGUCCAACUAAAUGUGAUUAUUAUGUUAUCAUUUGCUCACCUUCAUGUCAUCAAACCUGUACGACUUUCUUUCAUCUGUGGAACAUAAAAGAAGAUAUUUUGAAGAAUGUUGGUAACCAGAUGCUGGUAGCCAUUGACUUCCUUACAAUCCAUACAAUAGGAGUCAAAGGGAACCGAAAUGUACAAAACUACUACAAAUUCACAUCAGGAUCUUACUGGACUUUUCAGAAGAAAAAACACUUCAUCAGAUAAAAUAAGCUAGAAUUAUAGCAUAACUAUGGCAGCUGUUGAUGAAACAUUCAUGUACACCACUAAAUACCAGUGGGGUGUUUUCUUUGAACUUUUUUUGUCUUUAAUUGUAGAUACUUUAAUUGGUGGCACUUUCCACAAAUAGGGUUAAUUUAGCAGUGAAAUUACUUUCUUCUCUUUUUUUUGUGCUUUUUAAAGCACAUUUUUGAAAUAUUGAACAAAUUGGAUAAUAAUUUAAUAUAAAUAAUUUCAUGAAAAAUAGGACAUUGUAAAUGCAUCAACUAUCUGUACUCUGAACAAUUAAAUCAUACAAAAUGUAAAAAUUUUGACAUUGUUGAGAAAAAAAAUAUAUAAAAUAUAUAUAUAUAUAUAUAUAAAAAUAUAUAAAUAUUUCAAACCAUUGUGGAGUUUAUGGAUAUCUAUAAACCAAGCUUACCCAUUCCAGCACAAUAUUUAUAUCAGGUUUUAUAUAUAAAUCUUAAUUAUCACCAAUGUUUGUUUUUUGACCUCUUUGUGGAAAGUGCCUGAUGACAGUUCAUAUAUCAUUCUGUUUUGGGUUUACCCAGUCUGAAUCUGUCUUGUAAAUUGUACAUAUAUAUAUAUUUUUUAAAUGUAAAUAACAUUUUUCUACUCUGUUUUUGUGGUUUAAGUAAAUGCACAUCUUUUAGAUCUGUAAAACAGUAAAGCCUAGAGGAGGGAGUCAGACUGAAUUCUCAUUAGACCUUCUUUAUAGGUCAGUUCAUUCAGAUACUUCACCCAUCCAAUCUUCUUCUGGUGCAUUCUGGGAAUGCUUGUUUGGUUGAUUUGGAACGGACCAGAAGUCACCAUCACAUUAUUGACAUUUGCAACUCUUUCUACUCGCAACAAUCACUUUCAAAGUUUCAUCAGUUUUGUAACACAACAUGAAAAUGUUUUGGGGAGGUUUGAUUAGAUCUAGGACAGAGGGCGUUUCAUUCAAGAGUGUGCAGUUGAUUAAGGAGGACUACACCCUUCCUGAAACACCACUAGCACCCCAAAGUCCAAACUUAACCAGCUUUGGUGGCAUUAACUGAAAACAUUUUACUUUUGAUAAAAUAUUAUAAAACCAUAUUUUACUUCUAUUAAAUAAUGUGCACUGAUGACUCAUUCACAGUAAGAGCAAGACUGUGUAUUAAUAAAGUACAUUUUUUUUUAAAUAUGUGGUACAUUUAAAUUACUGUACAUAGACAUCCAGCAUCAGUUUUACUUCAGUUUUUCUGCCUUUCUUUCUGUUCUGUGAUCCAUGAGGUUACACCAAGUUUGUUGAAUUUGUGAACUGAGUUAAUCAAGAUGAAUUGGUAAUGCAAUUUUUAGUAUGGAAACAUGCAAAGAAAAA